AUGAGUGACCACUUCCCCACGCCAAGGGGCAUCCACUACAUGUCGGCGCCUGUCUUGCCUUCCUCGCCCUCAGUAUCCUCUGCCGAUGAUAGCUCCCCGACGACCUCGUCGAACCCUUGGAACCGCACGAGCAUCAUGACCGACAACACAGAGUUUGAGGACCUUUACGAUGUGACUGAUGAUGAGGGCGAGGACCGGCGUGGACUGCGCAGGGGGUCUUCGGGGAGAAAGUCGAGGCCGCAAAGCUCGACUAGGGCAUCUGGGAAGGGAUCCAUGCGUCUGAUCAUCCCAGACAGCCGAGGACACAUGGGUGAACAGCGCUCUGCCAUUGAGGAGUUCAAAAAGAUCACCUCACCUGUUCCCCUGACACCAUCAGCCCAACUCACCAUGUCGCCGGCGCAGCUGCAGUUCAUGGACCAACAGCAGGCUUUGGACACCCCUACGACAUCAGCACCACCUUCUCUGGAUGGCAGCCUUACCUCGGAGCAGCUGGCAGCGAUGAGUGCUCCGCCAACACCGGUGAUUGGUAACGACGAAGACGCACCGCCUGAGGAGUCAUGGUCUGGGGUCCAGCUACAGCCCGGUGCUUUGGCGACCCUACAUGCUCUCUCAGGCGAGGAGGAGGACGAGGACAUGCACCACGAACAGCCUGAGCGUGUUUUGGAAAUCCCCCAGCCAGUUCCCCGACGCAUUAGCGAGAUGCGCCAGCAGCCUCUGCGACUUGUUACCAGCUUCAACCCGCCCGCUACCGCAGGUGUCGCAUUCUCGCCCAACACCAACCGCCAGUCCCUCGCCGACUUGACAAAGCUGGACAUUCCUUCCCCUGGCGGUUUCUUUGCCGGUCUCUCGCCACGGACCCGUAGCACCUGGCACAUGGUCGCCAAGUCUCCUGACGCCAUGGUGCCACCGACAUCGACAACGGCCGAGCAAUUCUACCGCUGCCCUUGGAACAUUGACGAAGCUGUACCACCCGUCCCCGAGCUCAAGGUCGCUGAGAUCCCCGAGCGCCCCGACUCUGCCGAGGGCUUCUACAGAAAUGCUAGCAUGUCGUCGGCCCCUGUGGAGCAGGUGGUCGAGGUCAUCGCUGACGACGUGUCUGAUGACAUGCCCACGGCUCGCCCGGUCUUCGAGCACAAGGUGUCUGAUUCCUCCGAGGAGACGGUCAAACAGUCCGCUGCUCCUCCUGCCCCCGAAGCUGAGCAGGCCGUUGCCGAGAUCGUCAAUGACUACGACUCCAAGUAUGCAGUCAAACAGCAAGAGGAGGCCGUCUCAAACCUUGACCGCACUGAGCUCUGGUUGCGCGCCCAACGCUCUUACCUUCAGAUCUUUGAUGCUUCAGAGGAUGAGUCGUCCCUGGAGACCAUUCAAGAAGCGGCUGAGGAGGAAUCUCCCCAGGAAGCUAAGAUUGAGACCAAGGUAGCGCCUCAGCCCGAAACUGCCCAGUCUCUCGUGCCUGGUAAGAAGAGCGUCCGAUUCUCGGAGCUGAACUCGGCCGUUGCGCAGCCCAAGCGUCUGCCCUCAAAGCUGGUGCGUCAGGAGUCUGCCUUUUACCGCGCUUUCCAGGACUACAUUGUGCGCACGCACAGUGUCGACGUGUUCGUGCACCAGCUGGCACGCUUCGAAGCUCUCCAGGCACAACGUGUCUCGCUCCGCCAGAGGCACCGCAACCAGCUCCUGGGCAAGUUCCAGCUCAGCGUGGUCCCGCUCUCCGCGAAGAAGCGUUUGAGUGCCAACGUUGUGCGCAGCGACAACAACCUCACCAUUGACCUUGACCAGCUGCGCCUGGAGAAGGAGAUUGAAGCUGCCGCCCAGAUGGCGAUGCCCACUUGGCACGUGGCCGCCAUGAAGUAUCUCAACGGCGGAAGACUCAUCACAGCACCGGUCACGAAGCGUCUGGCACGUCUGUCCCAGCCCAAGCCCAGCACUGGGGGUGUCCGUGAGCGUGCCAGAAUUCUGGACCUCGGUGGCCAGUCGACAUGCGACUGGGCAUGGCACUGCGCCAUGCAAUACCCCAACUCAAAGGUUUACACGGUCACCACCAAGGCCAUCCGCCAGCUCUCCAACUCUAAUAUCCGCGGGCCCCCCAACCACCGCCAAGUUGCGAUCGAGCGCCUCACCCGUCUUCCAUUCCAGGACAACCACUUCGACCUUGUGUAUGCCCGUGAAUUGCACAGCAUUCUCAAGUUUGUUGGGGAGAACGGCGAAGACGAGUGGGAGAGCUGCCUACGCGAGUGCAUGCGCGUGCUCAAGCCCGGAGGCUACAUUGAGUUCUCCGUGCUGGACUCGGAGCUGAUGAAUGCAGGGCCUCUGGGCCUUGCCAAGAGCGUAGAGUUCGGCUUCUCGCUCAAGACACUUGGCUACGAUCCCAGCCCAUCAAAGAUGUGGCUCGGCCGGCUGGCUCGUGCCGGCUUUCAAGAUGUCCGCCGUGCCUGGAUGUGUCUUCCCGUCGGCUCCAAGCGCGACAUGUACAAGAUCCCCCGACCUACGGCGGCGGAAGGCGAGACUCUGCCUCAGCUGCCCCUCAUGGGCAGCGCUGACAACGUCGCGAGUGUGUGCGGCGUCGUGGGAGGCUGGAACUGGGAGCGCUGGCUCCUCCGUUGCGAGAUGGAGAAGGUGGCUGGCGAGCUUCGGUUGGCUGACACUGUCACCGCUGGGGCUGCGAUCCAGGAGGCCGGGAAGUGCCUCGAGGGCGUUGCGGCAGUCAUGGAGGAGGGAAGAAACUGCAAAUCGGCAUUCCGCAUGCUUAAUGGAUUUGCGAGGAAGCCUUUGGCCAACUGA